AAAUUCCCACCUGUCACUCCCAGCUGAUUUAUUUCUAGGUUAAACAUAAAAAAAAACACCACAAAAAAGCCAUAAAAUGAAUAAAAACAAAAACAAAAUGUGAAAGUAUAUUAGUUUAUACCAUUAUUUUCAAUUAAAACACUCGAGGCAGCAUGGCGAAGGAAACCACAAUACUUUUCCUCUAUGACAGUGAACUCUUAAAGCAAGAGGAGGACGAUCCUAAUUCCGCUAUUUUGUAUUUUUACCCUACGUGGGUAUCGGAGCAUCAGAAAACCGCCCUAUGUGGACAAUUAAUGGGCACCACCCUCUGUUUAAAAGGGCUUUUUUCCAUGCCAAAAAGUAUUUCUUUGCAGACUGGCAAGUUUUACCUUAUAGAGAAUGGGAAAUACAUUCUGGUUGUGGGUACAGACAGGAACAUACCUUCAUGGAUUCUGGAACAUAGAGCAAAACUGAUUUACUCCUUACUACAAUUCUUCCACAAAGACUUUAUUAGUCUGGGAGAAAAAUAUGAAAAUGUCAGGUUUACAGACAAAUUGUAUCAUAUUUUUGAUACCUAUUUAAAACUUCUCUUUUUGGGAGGAGGAUUAUUUCAGCAUGUAUCCCUUCUGGACAUUCCUAAGCCUGAAUGUGAUGAUUUACAUUUAAAAGUUGAGACCUUUCUGGAUAAAUGUAAAUCCAUUUCCAAUGUACUUGGAGGGGCACUACUAUAUCACAACAAGGUCAUAAAGUCUCAGCUCUCUGCAGAAGUAACAAAACUUAUAUUAUUUUCUGAUCCCUUCAGAAUAAAAAACCCUGCCGAAUUAGUUGACUCAAGUUAUCAAAAAUGGUCUGAAAUGAAACUUUUGCAAGUUUAUAUAACAAGUGAGGAGUAUGAAGAACUUUAUGGAAAUUGCUGUGAAGAUAUUAGUACAAAUGAGAACAAUAACCUACUUGAAAAAAAUGGACCAACUGCACCACUAACCAAUAACAGUUCUGUGAUCUAUAGUGCUGUGCCAGAAGAUGCUGUAUAUUCACCAAAAAAGGCAACUUCUAAGAAAAUUUUAAGGCCAAAUUCUUUGAAAUUGAAAAGCAUCAGUGUAGAUUCUUCUGGGGAAUUACCGCAGAUGACCCCGAACACUCCUUAUUGGAGUCACUUUUCAACUGUUACAACUCCUAUGAGUGAAAAUAAAUCUUUUACCGAUCAGCCAGACUUAAGAACCAUUAAAGAGGAUUUCUGGCAACUGUCAUUAAACACCGACUCCUCUAAUACAACUUAUAUAAAACACUUAAGGAAAUCAAAAAAAUUAUCAAAUCUCAUUCAAGAAGGUUUAAAGCGGCGACACCAUAGGACUUAUAGCUUAACCAACCUAAAAGACAGUAUUUCCAGCUCUAAUGGUCAGUUACAGAGGUCAAAGAGUGUUCACGAUCCACUCUUUCCAUGGUUUAAAGUCGACUUGACGGCCGUUAGUCAGUAUUGUACCGAAAACAGUAUAAAACAUGAUAUUAUGGCCCUAGUAAAAGAGAAACACAUAAAGAAAGUUGUAAGUGAGCGGAAAAAGUCCCUUACUUUGCCCGUUAAGCCUCAUAAUGCCAGUGAUAUGCAGAAGACUGAUAUGAAAAGCCCUGGUGGAUACUGUACCCCUUUAAUGAAUAAAUUGGCUAUGGGAACCAGCCAGGAGCUAAAUAUUCCCAAACCAACUCAUAUCCCUCAUGAAGCAACCCAGAAGACUGACCUUAAACCCGCAUUGAGAAAAUGUAUUUUAUUUUUAUACGGAUAUCGAGAUAUGGUUUAUACUGCUUUAAUGUUGGAGAAAUCUGUCGGACAAUUCACCAGUAUUGACCAGCUGUGCCAUUUUUGUGCCAAGGAAUUGCCUUCACUCGAAGAACAAACAAGGCUAUGCCUAGAAAAUAAAAGUUUAAAAACCGCAGGAGUGGAACCGUGUAGUUUGCUAACGGUAAAUGACGAAUGGGAGGCCACCAGAUGUUCUGGUCCCUGGACUAGUUCUGAUUUGGAUAAUGCUAUAAGGUUGCAUAGGGAUUUUAAAGAAAAUGAGGAAAUAUCAGAGAUAUAUCUUAGAAAUCACGAUUCCAUCUUAUACGUCAACAGAGUCGGACCAACAGAAAACUACUAUCGUCAAACGUCAACAAUUAAUACGGGCCUGCUUCCCCAAAAUGACGUUUUGGCAACAGUACGAGAAACGGCUCUGGAACAAUUCAAAAAAGAGUAAGACGGGCAUAUUGGUGACUUUGCUGCAUCGAAUAUAGUUCUAAGAACUAGUAAGGGUAUACCAGUAAAGCAAAGAGACUAUAGUUCUUUUCAUAAAAAGGACUGUAAACAAAUAUUUUUAGAUCUCUAUAAUAGAUAUGUUGUAACCACCAAAGUCCGAGUAUCUUCAUCAGCUGCAACUAAGUAGUUUUAGGUAAAGGUUUGGUGUGGAUCAUAUUGCUUCCUAUUUUGGUCGCCAAAUCAAGUAUUACUAAAUAAGGUGAUUAUUAUUUCAUUUUUAAAACGACAAAGAAACCCAAUUAUAAAAGAUCAUUAGAAUUGGAAAACGUCUUCCUUCCACAAUUGUAAUUCCAAUAAAUAUUGCCAAAAACGAAUGACAGUGAUAGCUGUUAAGGAAAAUGUGUGAUAAUUUCAUUCUUCAUACUCAAAUUACAUUAAAAAUCAAAACGUUACGUUUGAUUAAACAUCGCAUUACCUAAAUGUAAAUAGCUUCUGCUAUAGAUGAUCCAUAAUAGUUUGUAGUAUUAUAAAUGUGUUAUAGCAUUGUAGAGACAGGGUAUAAAAUAUGUUACUCACAUAGAAGUGAUGUGCGUAGUGAUAUUAUUGUUUUUUAAAACAUUCCAUUUGUUUUUGCAAAACCUGUUAAUUAUUAGGAAUAAAUAACAUAUAAAUGUUAAAA